CCAUUUAUACUUUAUCUACCAAAAAACUGCUCAAUCUCCUCCAUGCAAGUCGCAACCCAACAAAGCCAUUCAUUACCUCUACGCUGACCAAAACAACCGUCUUCGCAAUCUCCAAUUUUCUUCUUUAAAACCCCAGGUGCAAUGGCAUCCCUUUCCAUUGGAACACACCACGUGUACCAAUUCAAGAAACACGCUGUCCACUUUCCAACUCCCGUUUAUCCAUCCUCACUUCCUUCUCCCUCUUCUUUAGGCUCAUCUCUACAUAGAUUCAGAGUUUCAAGAUUGCUUGGCAAUAAUCUGCUUGCUAGAGCUGAAGAUAAAGCAAGAGAUUCUACUUCUUCUAAUUCACUUAAAGGACAAGCUCAACAGCCGAAUAGUGAAAAACAGCUUCAGGAGCUGUCACCUGAAGCUGGGUCAUGCGAUCCUCUAUGCUCACUCGAUGAAACAAGUUCACUAGAUUUGGAAGCCACAUACCAGCCAAAAACAGAUUUGCUGAAAGCUCUUGCAGUUUUUGCGGCUGCUGCAACAGGGGCUGUAGCAAUUAACCACUCAUGGGUUGCAGCCAAUCAGGAUCUUGCUAUGGCAAUACUUUUUGUAAUAGGAUAUGCAGGCAUAAUCUUUGAAGAGUCUCUAGCUUUCAAUAAAAGUGGAGUAGGAUUAUUGAUGGCUGUGAGCUUAUGGGUAGUACGAAGCAUUGGGGCACCUUCAACUGAUAUAGCUGUUUCGGAGUUGACACAUGCUUCUGCAGAAGUUAGUGAAAUUGUAUUCUUCUUGCUUGGUGCAAUGACCAUUGUUGAGAUUGUUGAUGCUCAUCAAGGAUUUAAACUGGUCACUGACAAUAUAACCACUCGAAAGCCACGGGUUCUGCUUUGGGUGGUUGGCUUUGUGACAUUUUUCCUUAGUUCAAUCCUUGACAACUUGACGUCUACCAUUGUCAUGGUUUCUUUAUUGAGGAAACUAGUACCUCCAUCAGAAUACCGCAAGCUUUUAGGAGCUGUUGUGGUGAUUGCAGCAAAUGCAGGUGGUGCAUGGACUCCUAUAGGUGAUGUAACGACUACUAUGCUAUGGAUACAUGGUCAAAUAUCCACACUGCCAACAAUGAAGAGUUUGCUAUUACCUUCAGCUGUUUCUUUAGCCAUUCCACUGGCUCUCAUGUCUCUCACUAGUGAAGUUAAUGGAAAGGAACAGGAAUCCCGUAAUGUUUUGGCAACUGAACGAAUGGCUCCUCGAGGACAACUUGUUUUCUCUGUGGGUAUUGGAGCUUUAAUUUUUGUUCCAGUGUUCAAGGCCUUAACUGGGUUGCCUCCAUUUAUGGGCAUGCUGCUUGGUCUUGGAGUUCUUUGGAUUCUUACAGAUGCAAUUCAUUAUGGUGAAUCAGAAAGGCAAAAGUUGAAAGUACCCCAGGCUUUAUCACGAAUAGACACUCAAGGAGCCCUUUUUUUCCUUGGAAUCCUUUUGUCUGUCAGCAGCCUGGAGGCAGCGGGGCUUCUUCGUGAAUUGGCAAAUUACCUUGAUGCUCAUAUUCCAAAUAUUGAACUUGUUGCAAGCUCAAUAGGGGUUGUGUCAGCAAUAAUAGACAAUGUACCACUGGUUGCAGCAACAAUGGGGAUGUAUGAUCUCUCCUCCUUUCCACAGGAUUCCGAAUUCUGGCAGUUAGUUGCAUAUUGUGCUGGUACUGGUGGUUCUAUGCUAGUCAUUGGCUCUGCUGCUGGAGUUGCAUUUAUGGGGAUGGAGAAGGUGGACUUCUUCUGGUACUUGCGGAAGGUGAGUGGUUUUGCUUUUGCUGGUUAUGCUGCUGGUAUUGCUGCAUACUUGGCUGUUCAUAACCUUAACAUCUCCCUACCUAAAACACUAGCAGAGGUUCCAUUCCUCUCAGGUUCAUAAAUUAUGGUGCCAAGUAUUGCAUGUCUUUUGGAAACCGAGCGAGGAUGCAGCCAUACACAGAAUGACCGGUCUAAUGAGGGAUGCGAGUGGCAUAGAUGCUGCAUGAUGUAGACAUUGUUCUUUUGGGAAGUAUAGAAAAAAUCGAAUAUUUAUUAAAUGUUGAUGCACUCUGAUAAGACUACAAGUACGGAAACAUUCGCUCUCUCGAAUAAUUUAAGCUGAGGUGUCAACAUGUCCCUUGUCUAAUAAAAAGGGGAGUAGUGAUACAUACAUUUUGCUUAGGACACAGUAUUUAGGGCAUGUAGUAGUGUAGCAUGGUAUACUUUUGUUCUUUUAUAAGAUACUUAUGAAGGAAAAAAAGAAAUCAGAGUUAGCUAUUUGAUAAGAAAACAUCGUAAAUUGCUCAUUUUACUUCCA